AACGGUCGUCACCAAAGCAGAAAGCAGAGCCAGCACAGCUCGCGCUAAUAUUUUCCUCUACGAGUGUGAUGGUGAUAUAUGUGGUGUGGUGAGGAACAUAUUUCACACACCACAAUCACUGCCGGCAACCAGUAGUCUGAGGUUGGGACACGCAUACGCACCUGAAAGCUGUUGCAAAAAUAUGUAAGCUUGUACCGCAAAUUUUGAAGAACCUUCACAAAUCUUACGCGGUCUAAAUUACGUACACGAUAAAACAUCGAAGGGCGGAAAGAUAGCGGUAGGAAAGCAUAUUAAAAUGGACAGUACGAUCAGUAUAAACAUCAGUGUUUAGCAGACGGCUCUCUCAACCUCAACGCACUUGCGUGUUGGUUUUUGGCCGGUAGCUACACAGCAUCGCUUCGAAAUGCCGUACGAUUUCAAAAAGGAAGAGGAAGUGAAGGAAUUCUUAGAAAAUUUGGGCAUCGAGUACCGCUUCGAAUGCUUCCACGAAAAGAAACCAGAUGGUUGCCAUCGGUUGGGAGACUACAUGGAAGCAAUCAAGAAAGACUUUGAGAAAGCGGGACAAGUAUACAAAAGAAACUGCGACGAAAACAAACACCCAAAAAGUUGCUUCAAGUAUGGCAACUACAGGUGGCUAGGAAAAGGAUGCAAAGUGAAUGAAACAGAAGCCUACAAGUACUACCGCACCGGAUGCGAUGCAGGAUCUCCUGAGGGCUGCUUUGCAGCUGCCCUCAUGCUCACAUCCAGGGACAGAAAGAAACCCUCAGUGAUACCCAAGGACAACCGCUUGGGGUUACAGCUCCUGGACCGUGCCUGCCAGCUGGGCAGCGCGGAUGGCUGCUACUUCGCCAGCGCCCACUACAUCAACGGCAACGACGCCGUGGUCAAGGACAUGAAAAAGGCAUUUGUUUACACCACCCGCGGAUGUGAGCUGGGCAACAUGUACGCAUGUUCCAAUCUCAGCCUCAUGUAUCGGAAAGGGGAAGGCACAGAGAAAAACGAAAAGUUGGCGGAAGAAUACAAGCAGAAAGUCAUCGAAUACAGGGACAGCUUGCAGAAAUUGCAACCGACUCUCGAGAUGGAACAGGGAGUCAAGGAUUGAACUCACCUCUGUUGUGUAGUGAAAAGGACUCGUGUUGAACACCUUAGCUAUAGUACAGAGCUGUCCACGAUAGCGAAAUUGCCAGGGUUGCCGUAUGGGGGGCACAGAGACUAGGAGAUCACAGAUAAGGCCACAAUUGCCUGGAUAACGUCAAAAUCGUGUAAGCGUGGCUUGUCUAGAGUACAGUGUGUGGUAGCAGGAAAGCCUUUGAUAGUUGAUAGUCUCAACAUUUGAAUGAAAUAGCAAGGUUAUCUAACACUCCAAAUAGAAAUCUAGUUUCAGUUUCCACCUAAAGGCUAGACAGGUAAAGGUUCACCAAUGAUAAAUAUCCCAAAUCCUCCCAAACUGUGGCCUUAAUUUCUAAAACUAACCUUCUAGGAGUGACACUUUCAUCUACCAAUGAUAAUAGAAUUUAAUAUUUGCA